CUUCUUCCUUUUCUUCGUCACUCAAUAUUCUAGGAGCAAUUGUCAAUUGUCAUCACAAAGUUCAGUACUUCGGUUCCGUCAAUGGCAGGUAAAAUGGGGAGAUUGUGUAGAGAGGACGGCCUCACAUAUGCUUAUAUUCUUCUCUAUAUCGCCCUCUCCAGUGGUCAGAUCUUCUUCAACAAGUGGGUUUUGUCAUCAAAGCAAAUCAAUUUCCCAUAUCCUCUUGGAUUGACACUACUCCACAUGGUCUUCUCCUCUGUGUUAUGUUUUAUCCUCACCAAAGUUCUGAAGAUUAUGAAGGUUGAGGAUGGGAUGACCGCAGAAAUGUAUGCUACAUCGGUCGUCCCAAUUGGUGCGACAUUUGCAAUGACCCUGUGGCUGGGAAACACUGCAUACCUGUAUAUUUCUGUUGCAUUUGCACAAAUGUUGAAAGCUAUCAUGCCUGUUGCAGUCUUCAUUCUUGGGGUAGCAGCCGGACUUGAAAUAAUGAGCUACAGAAUGCUUUUUAUAAUGUCAGUGAUCAGUUUUGGUGUCCUUGUGGCUUCAUAUGGAGAAAUUGAUAUCAGCUGGGUUGGUGUGGUCUACCAAAUGGGUGGUGUUAUUGGUGAAGCUUUGAGGCUUAUUUUCAUGGAGAUUCUGGUGAAAAGAAAGGGUCUCAAGAUGAACCCUAUAGCUGUCAUGUACUAUGUUAGUCCCUGCAGUGCUUUGUGCCUCUUCAUUCCUUGGAUAUUCUUGGAGAAGCCAAAGAUGGAUGAAGCUGGGACUUGGACAUUUCAACCAGUUGUGCUAAUUCUCAACUGCCUUUGUACUUUUGCACUCAACCUGUCGGUUUUCCUUGUGAUCUCACAUACAAGUGCCCUAACCAUUCGUGUUGCUGGAGUUGUCAAAGACUGGGUGGUUGUCUUACUGUCAGCUGUUUUGUUUGCGGAUACAAAGCUGACGGUUAUAAACCUGUUCGGUUAUGGCAUUGCCAUUGCUGGUGUAGCUGCAUACAAUAAUUUCAAGUUGAAGAAGGAAGUUUCAAGGGUCAACACUAACGAGUCUCAAAAUGUUGAAGUAACAUCGCUGGUCAACUCCUCGACUUCUCAAAGAGCAGAUUCAUAGACAGAUGGAUACUUCCGGUGCUUAACCUUCACCUUGGGCGAUGCUAAAGAUUCUUUACCUGAUGAGGCAGUAGUGGGUUUCAUCCUAGGCUUCUUCUCUCUUUUUCCCCCUCAUUGGGCACCGCUUGAAGCCAAGGCUGAUUAGCUAGCUAGUUGCUGUCGUUGUUAUAAUUUUUAUUGUAUUACUAUGAUUGUUUCACAUGGUUAUACAGAGGCUAGUAUAUUGGAGAUUCAUUGUUGUUAGCUGCAAGCUGAAGCAAAUGAGGGGUGACGAAAGUGACAUUGUAACAUUUGAUCCUCCUGAAAGGAUAUUUUUUUGAAACCUUCUGGAAGGAGUUUUUUUUUUUCUUGCUGAAAACCUACUGGAAGAGUUGGAUGUUGGGUGGACUGUCAAUGGGGGUAAACCAUAAAUUGACGAUAUGUUGUAAAACCAUUUUUGGAAUUCAAUCAUACUUGUUCAUUUCAUCAAAAGUUCUGC